GGUGACGUAGUUCCGGUGGUGUGUGACCCCUGAGUGUUCCUCCUGCACGCUGAGCGGACAUGUCCUCCCCAUCUGAGCUCCCCCUGGAAAUCGCACUGAGCGGAGCCAGGAACCCGGACACCGAAGAAGAGGAGGAAGAAGAUGACGACGAGUUGGACGAAACUCUAUCAGAAAGGCUGUGGGGCCUGACAGAGAUGUUUCCUAAUGGUGUCCGGAGUGCUGCAGGAGCGACUUUUGACUUCUCCGUCUGUGCCGCCAAAAAAGUCUAUAGCUUUUCCCGCUCUGCGUUAUGGAUAGGCACCACCUCAUUCAUGAUUCUAGUAUUGCCAGUAGUUUUUGAGACAGAAAAACUGCAGAUGGAACAGCAGCAGCAGCUACAACAGAGACAGAUUCUCCUAGGACCAUCAACAGGGAUGUCUGGUUCUCUUCCUCCAAUACCUGGAAAAGUAUAAUUCAUGAGAUUUUCUUUUGAUGACCGAGAACAAGAAAGUAGAAGCCGCCUGAUCUCUCCUCAGCCGCCCGUCCGUCAUGGUGCUCUGCCUGUCCUCUCUCCACCAGUCUGGAGCGCCGCCAUCUGAGAACAUGGAAGGGCACUGUUCUUAGUCAUGCUGGUUUUACUGGAAUCUUUCAUAGCAUGACAUGCCACAUAUGGGGAUUAUUUUUCUUCUCUUCACUCCAAUGUAAUCAUUCCUUUUUACAACAUUUAAUGUCCUGAAAGGUUGUAUAUAGAUUUUAUGCAGGUGCCUUUGACUUCUUCAAGGUGUUUGUCCCACAAAAAAAAAAACAAAACCCAAUCUGCUGUUACUAGACCUCGGAAUACCUUUACUUUAUACUAACAAUUAAAAACGUGGAAACA